AUGCCUGUAUGGACAAAGGAGGAGGUGCAGAGAUUCAAACAGGUUCUUUUUGCGCCAGAUCCUUCAGAAGAGUCUGUGAACGAGGCUUGCUCAUCGCUUGGUGGCACUGUGCGCUGGUUGUGGCGACAUUUGACACAAGAUAACAUUGUUGAGAAAUACAUGAGAGACAUCAGCAUUGCGGAACUCAAGCAUGUUGCAAAUGUUGCAGUGUCUAGCCCAGAAAGCAUGGACAACGCGGAUGCCGAGCAAAGAGGGAAGCUGAGCUACCUGUUCCAAAUAAGCACUUCGGAGGAUUUCAAAACGGCAACUGUCCGUUUCCUCGACUCCCAGGUUGUUGUGGGUCUGCUUGAGAAGAAACUUGAGAUCCGUGGAAAGCAACAGCGCUUAGAAUUCAUCAACACCUUUAUGUCCAUGAGCCCAUUGGGCACUGUGGUUGGCAGUUUGUGA